AGCUGUCUGAAAGUGGGGGGGAAAAUGGCGAAUGCCUGUAUUUUGUGUGUGUUAUGCAGUUCAUAUCCUCAAGCGUUUCGUUGCAGUUGUAGCUAUGGCGUGUUUAAGUUCGAGUAGGCUCUGUGCUCGUGUUCAAGAUAAGUUAUUGUGUCAAUUCGGACAUAAAGUUCGAAAGCAAACUGUAUUUGUGAAACUAAAACCUCCCGGACCAUCUCCAUUGCGAAUAUUUGGAAAGACAUGUCAGAGGGUCACAACAUGCGGUCCGGCAUGCGGCACCGGCUUCACAUCGUCCGGCGUCGGGCGCCGCCUGGCCUCCAGCCUGCAGAGCACGAGCACCGGCUCGUUGCCCGACUACGGCACACAGAUCGUCGACCCCUAUCGCCUGCUGGAGGACGACCUCAAUGGAAUAUAUGAAGACAUUAGAUCCGAGCUGGAGCGGAACACGAACCAGCCAGAACUGAACACCAUAGCCACGUACUACUUCGACGGGCAGGGCAAGGCGCUCAGGCCGAUGGUGGCCAUCCUCAUGGCCAGAGCCGUCAACUACCACGUAUAUGGAGAAAACAGUGCACUGCUGCCGUCACAGCGGCAAGUAGCGAUGAUCAGCGAGAUGAUACACUCAGCGUCCUUGAUCCACGAUGACGUCAUCGACCAGAGUGAUUUCCGCCGCGGCAAGCCCUCCGUCAACGUGCUCUGGAAUCACAAGAAGGUGGCGAUGGCCGGCGACUUCAUCCUCGCCGUGGCGUCGAUGAUGAUAGCUCGCUUGCGCAGCGAUGACGUCACACUCGUACUUAGCCAGGUGGUGACAGACCUCGUACAGGGCGAGUUCAUGCAACUGGGCAGCAAGGAGACAGAGAACGAGCGGUUCGCACAUUACCUCACAAAGACUUACAGGAAGACGGCCUCUCUCAUCGCCAACUCAGUCAAAGCGGUGGCGCUGCUGAGCGGCGCGGACGAGAGCACGUGCGAGGUGGCCUUCCAGUACGGGCGCAACCUCGGGCUCAGCUUCCAGCUGGUGGACGACCUGCUGGACUUCGUGUCGUCCGCGCAGGCCAUGGGCAAGCCCACCGCCGCCGACCUCAAGCUCGGCCUCGCCACCGCUCCCGUGCUCUUCGCAUGCGAAAAGUACCCCGAGCUGAACCCGAUGAUCAUGCGGCGGUUCCAAGAGGCGGGCGACGUGCAGAAGGCGUACGAGCUGGUGCACCUGUCGCGCGGGCUGGAGCAGACGCGCUUCCUGGCGCGGCAGCACGGCGCGGAGGCGGCGCGCCUGGCGCAGCAGCUGGCGCGCUCGCCCUACCAGCGCGCGCUGCAGCUCACCACCGACCUCGUGCUCAACAGGAUCAAGUAGGGCCGCUCGGGGCCCCGACGAUAUACAACAUGGACGUUUUAUUUUUAAUGUGUGUUUGACGAGCUGCGCCCGCCCGCCGCCGCUCGACUUGUGACCGAAUGAACUGCGAGUGAACGGAUCGCGUGAGUGAACAGUGCGAGAGUGAACGACGGGAGUGAUGUGAGCCGACACGGCGACAUGUAUCGUAGAUAUUAUACGUCAAGCUAUACCAUGUGCCCUGAUUAUUAUACAUAAUAAAUUCCAUUACAUACAACUUAAACUACAUUAUGUAAAUUGUUAUUAUAUUAUUGUAAUCAGUCGAACUGAUUGUCAAAUAAUUAUAUAUUACAUAUUGUUAGUAUAUAUAUUCUAUAGUAUUUUUAUAUAUUUGUUUUUCGUGUCCUUCACUUGUGUGACCUGAUUUAUUUUAAGAUGAUUUCUGUGAGUAUUGUGAAGCAGUAGGUGCCGGAGUAUCGACGAGGCUGCGACACCGCCAGCUCGUUACCAAAUACUGUACAUACAUACAUGUGUACUGUAAUAUAGAUAUACUGAACUGUUUGUAUGUUUGUAUCGUGCAAUCUUGAAGUAUGUGUAGAGAUAGAAAGUACCUGUGUUUACUGCACAACAUGCUAUCGACGACCAUCACAAUAUUGCUUACCCUAUCGUUCUCAUGAGUUGGUGUUCGUUCGUUUCUUACUGUAUGUAUUUUAUGAUGUGUAAAUACUGAGAGUCAUUGGAUAAGUUACCCGUGUUUUAUCUUCAAAACCAAUUACCUCAAUUUCUUUAGAGUACACGUUACAUACUAGAGGUGUAUGUUUUAUUCUGACCUAGAGUUAAAUUGUAAGUUUAUGAGGCCACACCACAUGUAACGGCAGAAUGUUGACGUCGUUAGCAAAUUAUUAAAAAUCUGUUAGCCAAUUAGUACAUAUUACAAUUGUAAAUAAUACUAACAAUAUUAUAUAUUCAAUGUAACAGAUUAUAUUAUAAAAGAAAUAUCAGAGUAUCGAAAAGAAAUGCACCAUAAGCGCAGUAUUCUUAAUACUUUUUCUUGAAAUUAUUAUAUUUAACAAAAUAUUAGUCAUUAAUAAGGUAAUAUAGUGUAAGGCCGACACAAGGACUGACCCCAUGAAGUAGACUCCGAGCAAUGAUCGAGACCGUUCAUAAUGAGUGAGGAAUACCGAGCACUGGACCCGGUAGAGUGGUCGCAACUGAUUCACCGUAGAAUGACCGUAGAAUGCGUUUCCUUUGUGCGUUCGAGCCGUCCGAUUACCGAUUAAUAACCGCUUCGAGCCUAUUGUUCGUGAAUAUCGUGUUAAGUGAGGUUCUCACGCAGCCUGCGCCCGGUGAUUGUACUGCUCUCGAUCAGGAACUGCCGCGACUACCGCGCUGCGUGCGAUGUAUCGUUAUUGCGUAUUGGAAACGCUCUGUAAUGGACGAAAUGAUUUCAUACCUUGGUCGUUGUGUCAGCCAAUACAAUUAGCGGAAAAGGAGGUGUAUGUUUUUUUGUACAUUAAAAAUGUUAAAAAAUGGGAGUCAAUGAAGUUUAUUUAUAUGUAUGUAGACAUACUUUUCAUAGGUCAUAAUAUGUUUGUAAAUAUUAUUAUUCUGUAAAAUGGUAAAUCAUGAAUAAUUUUUAAUAUAAACAUUAGUUACAAA